AUGGCGGUUGGAACAAGGCUAACACCUUCUUUAGACAAACCUGCUAUUGAUCUUACUUUGUACAAAAACAAGAUAGGAUCAUUACUUUACCUUACGAUAUCAAUCGAAUCCAAGAGAACCACAUUUAACAGCGGUGAAGAAUAUUUUGGAUAUCUCAAUGGCUCAAUUUCGUUAGGAUUGUGGUAUCCAUCGAAAUCUGGGUUUUUCAUACAAGCAUUUUCAGAUGCUGAUUUAGGAGGUUGCAAUCUCGAUAGAAAAAGAACAAGUGGUGGAUAUCAAUUACUAGAUGGGAAGUUAGUAAGCUGGAAAUCGAAAAAGCAAACAUGUGUUUCAAUUUCCAUAGCAGAAGCAAAGUAUGUUGUUGUUGUAGCUUGCACUUUCACAAAUCAUAUGGAUUAA